AUGACAAAGAAAUCAAACAACAGACGCCACCGACUAACCAACGACGUGGAAACACGUCUAGUAAGUUACAUUCAACAGUUAUUACAGCAACAAGCGGAAAAUAAUAAUAUCGAUGGAAAUGCCUCAGUUGGUGUGAGUGGUGGUGGUAUUACCACAGGUGGUGGUAGUGGAAUAAAACUUGAACUCAGCACAAAUACAGUGCUUGAGUACAUACAACGAGUCGAUUACAAGUUUAGGCGUAUGAAGAAACUGCAGUUGGAGCAGCAUAUCGAUAGAGUAUUAAAAUCUAUUAAUGCGCAACAACGAGAUAUUGACAACCAAAACUUGGAUAGUGAUAAAUCUGCCAACGACGAAGAUGUUGAAGACGAUGACUCAGAAUUCGAGCAACUUGAAAAUGUUCAGGUGAUGGAAGUAAAAGACAUAAAUUCAAUGAACAAAUCAAUUAUUCGUCUAUGGAAUCAACAUGGAGUCACAACAACUAAUACAAAUAAUGAUAAUACUUCUACUUUAUCAAACACUGUUACAUCGGAGCCAUCUACGAAACCAUCAUUACACACCACAAACCCUAUGUCACAUACAACACCAUCAUUAUCAUCAUCGGCAACUAAUGACAAUAACGAAAAUAAUUUUCAAUUUGGCAAUAACUUAGGCGGAAUUGAUUCUUGUAUUGAAGAAGUUUUGGAAUUGAUCGCUAUGCCGUUGGCGCAUCCCGAGAUUUACUUACACACAGGUGUGCAGCCGCCAAGAGGAAUAUUAUUACAUGGUCCUCCCGGAUGUGGGAAAACUUUGCUUGCCAAUGCAAUUGCAGGGGAGCUAGGCGUCCCAUUUAUUAGCAUUUCAGCACCGUCAGUGGUAUCCGGCAUGUCAGGCGAAUCAGAAAAAAAGAUUCGUGAAGUUUUUGAGGAUGCCAAGAAAAUGGCACCUUGUCUUAUAUUUAUUGAUGAAAUUGACGCCAUAACACCAAAACGCGAAACCGCCCAACGAGAAAUGGAACGUCGAAUCGUAGCACAACUAUUAACGUGUAUGGACGACCUAUCCUGGGAAAAGACAAACAAUAAACCAGUGUUAAUUAUCGGUGCGACUAAUCGUCCAGAUUCACUUGAUCCGGCGUUACGACGUGCUGGGAGAUUUGAUCGGGAAAUUAGUAUGGGAGUUCCAGAUGAGAAGGGAAGAGAAAAAAUCCUCAAAGUCAUUUCAAAAAAAUUGAGACUGUCGGGUGAUUUUGAUUUCAAGACGCUUGCUAAACUUACACCUGGUUACGUCGGAGCUGAUUUAAAUGCACUUACUGCGGCUGCGGGUGUGAUUGCUGUAAAACGCAUAUUUCAGCAAUUAGGCGAAGACGCGCAAAAGAUUCCAAAUAGCGAAACCAAUGAUAUGCAAAUAGAUACUGAGGAAGAUUCUUCUUUAUCAUCAUCGUUCAUUAAUUCAGCCAGUAACACUAGCAUAAGACAAACCCCAUUUGAAAAACAGUCACCAACAGACCAAUUACGUUUCAUAUCUGCAUUUUUAAAAUCGCAUCCCAAUCCGUUAACACCCGAAGAACUAGAACCGCUCAGUAUCAACAACACCGACUUCAUCGAAGCACUCGAAAAAGUCCAACCUUCGUCCAAACGUGAAGGAUUCGCCACCGUGCCGGAUGUGAGCUGGUCCGAUAUAGGAGCACUUUCGUUUGUUCGAAACGAACUGAGAAUGGCAAUUGUUGAACCGAUUAAACGGCCCGAUUUAUUUGAACGAGUAGGGAUUACGGCGCCGGCCGGUGUUUUGUUGUGGGGGCCUCCGGGGUGCGGGAAGACGUUGUUAGCGAAAGCCGUGGCGAAUGAGAGUCAUACUAAUUUUAUUUCAGUGAAGGGCCCAGAAUUGUUGAAUAAAUAUGUGGGAGAAAGUGAGCGUGGAAUACGACAAUUGUUUGCACGUGCUAGAGCAUCAUCUCCAUGUGUCAUAUUUUUCGAUGAGUUGGAUGCGUUAUGUCCGCAUCGUGAUGAAUCAAAGUCAGAAUCAACGUCGCGUGUAGUAAACACUUUACUCACAGAAUUGGAUGGCUUGGAGAGUCGUCGACAACUUACAGUUUAUAUGUACCAAAAAAUUACAGAUAUCAUCGACCCGGCAAUGAUCCGUCCCGGUCGUCUCGACAAACUUUUGUAUAUCGAGCUACCCACUCCCGCGGAACGACACGAAAUCUUGAAAACGUUGACGAAAAAGACACCGUUAUCAUUGGAUGUUGAUUUGAAAAAUAUUGCGGAGGAUUCGCGGUGCGAAGGAUUUAGUGGUGCCGACCUAGCAUCUUUAAUUCGCGAAGCGGCGGUUUCAGCAUUACCAACAUCAUCAUCUCAAUCACAACCCGCAUCAACACUCUAUGUUACCACCAAACAUUUUUUAAUGGCAUUCAAUAAAGUUGCGCCUAGUGUCUCCAAACAGGAUAAACGGCGUUACGACGCGUUACGUGUAAAGUUUGGUGGCGGGUUGUAUGACAGCGCAGAUCAACCCUCUAUCCAAGACUUGAAAUCUGCCCUAGAAAAAGGCUCAGAGGAAGUAAAAAUCGAAACAAUGAAAAAAAUUCUAGUCACAAUGCUCAAUGGGGACCAGCUCCCUCAGCUGCUGAUGCAGGUUAUUCGAUUUGUCAUGCCGUCGAAGAAUAAAACAUUGAAAAAGUUGUUGCAUUUUUAUUGGGAGAUUUGUCCGAAAACUAAUCCGGACGGAAAGUUGAAGCAAGAGAUGAUUUUGGUGUGUAAUGCGUUGCGAAACGACUUGCAACAUCCAAAUGAAUAUAUACGAGGAGCAACUCUUCGAUUUUUAUGCAAGUUACGAGAGCCGGAACUACUAGAACCAUUACUGCCGUCUUGUAGAUCCUGUCUGGAACAUCGGCACUCUUAUGUACGAAAAAACGCGGUAUUCGCUAUAUACACAAUAUAUAAACAUUUUGAGUACUUGAUUCCUGAUGCACCAGAGUUAAUUCAGAAUUUUCUAAUUGCGGAAGCAGACCAGACGAGCAAACGAAACGCGUUUGUCAUGUUAUGCAAUACAAGUCAGUCUCGUGCCGUAGAGUAUCUCAAUGAUGUGUUUGAUCAAGUGCCGAAUUUUGAUGAGUUGUUGCAGAUGGCGGUAAUAGAGUUGAUUAGAAAGGAUUGUCGAAAUAAUAGUGCUAACCGGGGAAAAUAUAUUAAAUGCAUAUUUGAGUUAUUGAAUGCUGCGUCACAUUCCGUGAAGUAUGAGGCUGCUACAUCUUUAAUGGCUUUAACACACGCUCCUGCUGCUGUAAAAGCUGCGGCCGCCUGUUAUAUCGAACUCAUUAUCAAAGAAUCAGACAACAAUAUCAAAUUGAUCGUGUUGGACCGAUUAGACGAGUUGCGCGAAAAACAUGAAAAUGUUUUGGACGAUUUGGUGUUGGAUAUUUUACGUGUACUUUCAAGCCCAGAUAUUGAAGUUCGACGAAAAGCUUUACGUAUUGGUUUGGAAUUAGUCUCGACUCGAAAUGUCCAGGAAGUUGUGGUAUUUCUGAAAAAGGAGCUUGCGAAAACUAUUGAUCAAGACUUUGAAAAAAACGCCGAAUACAGACAACUCCUUAUCCAAUCGAUUCAUUCAUGUGCAAUCAAAUUCUCUGAAGUUGCUGCGAAUGUUGUGCAUGUGCUUAUGGAAUUUCUUGGGGAUUCGAAUAAUCCGGCUGCUGUUGAUGUUAUAGCUUUUGUGCGUGAAGUCAUGGAGAAAUUUCCUAAUUUACGAUCUUCGAUCAUUGAGAGAUUACUGGGAACGUUUAUAGACGUCAAGUCUGGUAAAGUAUUUAGGGGUGCUUUAUGGAUUGUUGGAGAGUAUUGUGCAAGUGUUCAAGAUAUUGAAGAUGCUUGGAAGCAGAUUCGAGCUGGACUUGGUGAAAUACCUAUACUGGCUUCAGAACAGCGACUACUCGAAGAAGCUUCUAAAGAAGAUGGCAGUGAGGAAACUAAUGCUGACAGCAAACAAGCAAUAGCAUCAACCUCAGCUUCUUCAUCUCGUCGAAUUCUUGCUGAUGGGACAUAUGCCACUGAAACUGCUUUUACCAAUAGCUCGUCAGCUCUUGCGAAACUUGAGGCUGUUAAAGCCGCGGCAAAGCCACCAUUAAGAGCGUUACUGCUCAAUGGCGAUUUUUAUAUGGGCGCUGUACUGGCGUCUACUCUGACAAAAUUGGUCAUGCGUUUCGCGGAAAAAUCUGAUAACCAUAAACGUGUAAAUUCGUUACGCGCGGAGGCUAUGUUGAUAAUGGCCAGUAUAAUACGUGUCGGCCGAUCUCAGUUUGUCACAACUCCUAUUGAUGAAGAUUCUUAUGAUCGUAUAAUGUCAUGCCUUCAUGUUUUAGAAAAUUUUUCGAAAGACGCGGCAAUAAAAUCGGUGUUUUUGCAGGAAACUAAAGCGUCCUUUGCGCGUAUAAUCGAAGCUGAAGAGAAACGUAAUGCGGCAAAAAAGGCAAAGGAUAAAUCAGCUCAAGCUGUGCAAGUUGACGAUCUUAUAACUUUUCGGCAAUUCUCUAAGAGAAAUCUAGGAGACGCUGCUGAUGAGUAUGAACUCGAUUUGACACGCGCUACAGGACAAAAUGAUUCACGCGAUGAUUUAAUAUCUAAACUUAGUCGUGUUGUACAAUUGACUGGUUUCUCCGAUCCGGUAUACGCCGAAGCGUAUGCGAAUGUUCAUCAAUAUGAUAUUCUUUUAGAUGUGUUAAUAGUAAACCAAACAAACGAAACACUCCAAAACCUCACACUAGAGUUUGCGACAUUGGGUGAUCUUAAAUUAGUCGAACGUCCCACUCAGCAUAAUUUGGCCCCACACGCUUUUCAUAGUGUGAAGGCUACAAUUAAGGUUUCGUCAACAGAAACUGGUGUUAUUUUUGGCAACAUAGUGUACGAUGGACCUGGAACCUCGGAAAGCAAUUGUGUGGUGCUUAAUGAUAUUCACAUUGAUAUAAUGGAUUAUAUUAAUCCCGCUUAUUGCAAUGAGACUCAGUUCCGUAACAUGUGGACUGAAUUCGAAUGGGAAAACAAAGUUAACGUCAACACCAACAUCACCGAUCUACGUGAAUAUCUUCGUCACAUAAUGAAAUCCACAAACAUGAGCUGCCUAACCCCGGAAGCAGCUUUAUCUGGUGAUUGUGGUUUCCUUUCUGCUAAUAUGUAUGCCAGAAGUAUUUUCGGCGAGGACGCAUUAGCAAAUCUCAGUAUUGAAAAACAAACAGAUGGUGCUAUUACGGGUCACGUUCGUAUUAGAAGCAAGACUCAAGGAAUAGCGUUGAGUCUUGGUGAUAAGAUUACAUUGGCACAAAAAAUCUCUACUUGA